GCGUUUCUUCACUUGUUCGCCGGCAUUCGUGCCGUGGUGUACGAGCGAGCGUUAUUCCUUUACGUGACUAUUCACGAGACAAAUUCCGUAAACAAAUAAACAAAAAUGCUACAAUUAAAAAGUAUGAAAACGGUGGAGAAAAAGUGCGUUAAAAAUAAACGAGGGUGAAGUGUUGUAGUAGUACUGAUUAUAAAGUGCCAAAUUAAAAAAAAAGGAGGAUUUUUAGUGCGCGCGUUAAAAUAACAUGAAACUGCCGAAAUGCCGUUCGUACAAAGGCUGAUCGAACCGAAGUACCUGUCCAAGGUAGUACUGUUUAACGAGGAUGGCACCCCGAAAGUUAAGGACGAUGAAUUAUUGGCGGUCACUAAUUUUACCUUGUGUAAUGCCCUCAGGCAGUUGGCGUCGUUAUCUUUGGUGGCCGAUGAUAUUUUUAAGGAGUUAGGUGCUCAACUGAGCGGUGUUUAUAAGAGAUGUGAGGAGGCGAGGGGCAGAAUCGCGGUUGUCGAGGAAAAGGUCGAGAAUUUUGAUCCUAAGAAGGUUCCAGUGCCUGUUGGUGACAUUUGCUCCUUUGCGCAGACCAAGGAACACUAUGCUGCCAAACAUCCUGUGGACACCAACUUGUUCCGGGUUGAUACUCGGCCAGAUACACUCAAGAGCCUCUAUGAAUCCGCAGCCAAGACUCCGGUGCAUGCGAUGCGACAACUGGACAGGUGGAGAAGAGAUGGAUACCGAUCGUCCAGAUUUUUUGUUUGCACUCCCGUUUUGGGAGCGAGAAGGAGAAGAAUCAGGGGGAAGGUGGACAUUGACAUUGAAACGAGAAUGCCUGCUGUUGUUGAAGACCUACGCAGAUGGACCUCAGAAGAAGCGCUAGGUGACGUCACUGUAGGACCCAGCUGCGUCAGCAAAAUCAACGGGGCGCUGAGUGACGACGAACAAACCGACGGUACCAUAGUUUCAGAUGACGAAGGGAUUGACCAUAAACUGCCUUCUCCCGAAGAACAACUUCAAGUGGUUGCUUUAAGAUUUCCUGCUGAGAUGGUGGCGGUGGACGUCUCCGGACGGAAUUUCGAUCGCAUGUCCAUGACUCGACGAUCAUUGAUGACCGGCGAAGUGGUAAAUCGCACAACAGAUGGCGACACCGUUAGAAGAAGAGGCAGAACGAGAAGGCCUAGAAACAGACGAAGAAACACUUUGGCCGGUACAGACCAAAAAGAAAUCCAAGACGCGCUCACGGCUGGGCACGAGCCGACAUCACCAGACAAUACUGCAGAAGAAACCCGAACUAACACCACAUCAGCCACAGUACCUCGAAGCAAAAGUAGCGACCUCUUACGCUCUAGCAGCAAAAAAGAAUCGCCAGAAGUAAAGAUAUCUCGCUUUAACAGCCUUAAGCAGUGGGGCAAGAAUCAGUACGAUAAGUUCCGUAACAAGAGCUGCGAAAAAAGCGACCUCAGCAUCUCUAGCAACAAGAACAAGUCGUCCGAGGACGGUUUGGACGAUUUUAACUUGUACGAAACUGUCACCAUGAAGAGGCGCAGAGACUUAGAUAAAGAACGUAAAACUCACGAGAGAAACUCCUCUAUUUCCAGCUCGGAAAAAUCCUUGCCAAUUACUAACACCGGAACCUUAUCGUCUGUGAUGAACAUUGCCGUUAAGCUAAGAGACAGUUCGCUGCAGCGCCGCCAGAGGCGCCAAGGAAACAGAGAAGAACCUCAUUCUUCUAGUGGUAACUGGAGUGCAAGCUCAGAAAGCGGAAGAGCCUCCAUAGGGUCUGAAAUAACUUCCACGACGCACCCCAGAAGUACCACCUCAGCAGCUACUAGCAGUAACUCUUUGAACCACCCUCCGAGCUCGGUAAACUCUAGACGGCGUUUUAACUUUAACAACUCGACCUCUGGCAGCGUCACAAGCGAGGGAAGCACUUUAACCCCAGAUAUUAUCCAUGAUCUGCAUGAAGAUGGGGACUCGGUUUACUCUUGUGAUACAGAAGGAUAUUAUACAUCGUUCCAUAUGGAUAGCGGCCUAAAGACCCUUAAGGAAGAGGAGCUGCCUGCUACUCCGCUGCUAAGCACCAGUGUCUUUUCAAACUCUAGCUCGAAUAAUACAGUAUUAUCUGCGGAGAAUGAGUAUGAACUAUUUGGUAAAGGUUCAACUUCUACAACAACUAGUUCAGCGGGUACAGUAUGUACUACGUUGCGAGCAUCUGAUAGUCACAGAAGCCUUGUCAUAGGCCCAGCGGUUCCUGAAAGGAAGAGCUCUCUCUCGAAUAAGUCUCACGAAAGUUCCCUGGAGCGGGAUAAAACUGGAACAAUAAAACGAAGCCCCGCUGUUAAUGCGAAACCUACUGUAGUGGCUGUGAUACAUAAGAGUUGCGAGACAGGUGGGGAUAUAUCACCAGAUAGUGGUCAUAACACCUCGAGCUCACCGAUUGAGAGUGUUUCGAGUCCCAAUGGAGUAAGAAGUGGAUCAGACUUUGAGUUUUCUGAGAGCUCAGAUAUGGAGGGGGCAGAAAGAAUCGAGAGGAUCAGAGUGAAAACGACAAUUAACUCCAGCAGGAUUCCGUCUAUGUGCGCCAUCACGCCUGCGAAUAGCGACGACGAGAGCUCGAGUAAUUCCUCUUACAAGAAGCAAAUUCAGGCCAACAACUUAAGAAACAAUUCGGACAACGAUAAUAGGAAUGUGGCAAACAAUCAACGAAUCAUCACGACGAAUAUUAAUGGCACCCAGCAAGUGUCUUUAGUAAAUUUCAACUCACAGUCUGGGUAUGUCACGGUGGAGAGCAUCGACCAGCCGGACAGCCGUAAGAUUUCCACUAUUAGAGCGCCAUCGCCCAGUGGAGGAUCUGUAACGAUCAUCAAAGAACCUGAGGAAGUUUCCAAUAAACCCCAAAGCCAGCCCAUCAUCAAAGCCACCCUGAUGCCUUUGAACAACAUGUUCGGCAAACUGAAAACCAACAUUUCUAACUUUGCAUCGCGAAGGGAUCGUAGCAAAAGCCCUGGCAAGGUCACCAACGAACCCCCACUAGACGACUUAGGAGAGUAUGUGACCUUGGCAGACGUAAGAAAUAACAAUGAAAAGUACCGAGCUGCGGAAGAUAAUACUUAUGUCAACGAUGUGGUUAACAAAAAUCUAGAAACUGUCCUCAGUGGCAAAAUAAGGGACACCGAAUACGUCUCACUUAACGAACUACCAGUGAUCGAGAACAACAACGUCUUCUCAGAAGCAUCAUCCUUAGAAAGAAAACGCCGCCAGGGUGCCAGAGUGAUGCUGGACGCGGAAGGCAAAGUGGUCUACAGCUCGGAUAGCCUCAGGAGACGCAAACAGCCCACCUCCUUUGAACCAGGUCCGUUUGUCAAACCCACAGCCAACCAAAGCCCUUUAUCCAGCCCCCAAAUGCUUCGAAACACCAAAACUAUUCGACCAGUAUUAACCACGGAAGACCAAAUGAAACUUAACGUGCCCCAAACGGAGUUUCAUCGCCCACUAUCACCCACCCAAGGGAAUAAAGUUAUAAUUAAGGCUUCAGGCACUCAACCGGAAAUAGUGAGAACUCCGUCCACAGUGGUGCAUCCUGCCAGUCCGAAAAUGCGUCCGUUAAGUCCAAAGGGGGCCUACGUCCACGUGCAAGCGGGAGGAGCGUUAUCGCCUAAGGAAUACAGAGAAGGCAUCAACCCUCCGUCGUCACCAAAAAGCCCCAUCGAUCCCGACCAAAUCCACCCAAAUACAAUGUUCCGGUACGCUGAGCACGACCCUUACUUCUAUCCUCCCCAGAACUACCAUAACCAAGGGGCGGGCAACUAUUACUCUACCCUUCCGUCCAAGAAAACCCAGUAUUUCAACUAUGAUACGCAACCGGAAAGAAGCGUUACCCCUGAUAUUACCCGGGGGCUUGAAAGGGUGGGCAUAUCAAGUUUUAAAAGUGACCAGAAUUUGCUCAGCAUGGGACAUAAAGUUGGCAUUCCAGUUUCUAUGCCACAGUUGGAACGUAGAAGAUCGCAGAGUCCUAGCUUUAGAUCCGAUAUUACUCGGCAAGAGGAGAGCUUUAAAGUUUCCCCCAUUGAUCCGAGGAAUUCUGGUGGUGGGUUUAAGGCAUCCACUCCUUCGCAGAUUAAAGCAGCAGAAAACUUGGAAAAUAAAUUAUUAUCCCCCAAAAGGAGUACCAUGUCCAAUGAGGAGCUGUACGCCGUAAUCCACAAAAGCAAAAAGAAACUUAAUAUUGAUGAUGAAUUUAGUAGAGGAGCUGCCUCACCUGUCCGGGAACCAGAAACGAGCACCCCAAAGAAAAUCUCUGUAGAAACUGGGUACAUUGGCUCAAGACAAAGCUGGUCCCCGUCAAAAGGAGAAUAUAUUGACUACAACGCGGAUAUAGAUAAGUUUUCACCCAUUAACGAGCCUAAAACCCGUCAAAGCUGGGCUUGCAACGACCGAAAAGGCCCUAAAAAGACCUCCACCCUAGACUUCAAAAAGCUGCUGCUACAAAAAAGCAGCUCCUUAUCCAGCAAUAAAAAGAUAUCAGCCGUAGAGCAGCUGAAAAUAUCAAAACAGCAAAUGCAACAACAAAAAGAUACCCCACCAAAAAACCCCACCGAUAUGACCAUUUUGGAUUUAAGUUCCUCCCCACGCAGUUUGGUUAACAGGCGAAUGUUAAACAACCCCCCAGGAAGCCCCGAGAGGGGCACAGUAGUGAAACCAGUGCCUAAAAUUUUAAGUCCCAGGUCUCAGUGGAGGUUUAACAGUCCCAGAAGUGAUGUGCUCUCCUCAACGAUUAUCGAACAAGACGAAACUAGUAGUAAUGCAUCGAGAAGUUCAUUGGAAAAGCGCAGCUUGCAAAGCCCCAGGAGUUCAGUAGGGAGUAGCAAAAGCAGCCCCACGGCCGACACGAAACGAAGUUCCUUAGAAAAUUCCGACAAUAAUCGCGAAUCGAGUACAAAAAAUAUGUCAAUUAGCGAACGACUUUCGGCUCAACGGGCCAAAUUCUUUGCCGCCAAAAAUGUUGACGAUAGUAGUCAGAAGAGUAGUAAGUUGCCUCCGACGUUGGAGACGGCUUUUUAGUACAGAGAUGCCAAAUAAAUGACAGAUUUAUUGUAUAUAGAGUAACUAUUUAAAUAUGUACCAAUAGACUCAAUAAAACAUAAAGAUAUUGACUCAAAGUUGCAUCAAUUUUAAAACUUGAUUGUAUAUAGUAAACCUUUAUUGCUGUGUUAUAUAUUGGACCUGUUUUAAAUGAAAUUUUAGUUUUUUUACACAGAAUGAUCUAGAGUUUUAUGCUGAUUUAAUAUGUGUAUUAGGAUUUCUAGGUCAGUCUGUUUCUUACAGUAGAUUCACUCUAGUCUUGUAGUAUUUUUGUUUUUAUUUCACACUUUUGUUGUAUAAUUUUAGUUUUAAUUGAUGGUGUUUUUUAUGCUGCCGCCAUGCAUCUGGCAAACUAUUGCCAACAUUAUUUAUAUGAAAGCUUAAUAUAUUGAGGUUUUGUAAAUAAAUAUUCCUUUUAUA